AUGAUGCUUCCACAAGAAAAGAGGCAGGGCUUGGUCUCUGCAGCGUUCUUCUGCCCGCAAGCACGUGCACCUGAUCAGGAGUAUCUGGCUGGCAUGCACUCCUUUCUCAGCCAGGAUACUCAUGGCAGGAUGCUCCUAAAAGAGGUGAUGGCCCUGAAGGAAAAUCGAGUUUGGACUAUCUUCGCAGAGGCUAGAGAUGACGUCGCAGCUCUCAGUCAGGGGCCGCAGUAUAUCGACAUGCUCCAUAACUGGGCGGCAGAGGGUACCUGCGCACCGCUUGCUACAGCUAGAUCAGGGAUCGUUGCUCUCCCUCUCCUUCUUAUCCUCCAAGUCACACAAUAUCUGCGGUACCUUACGCACCACGGACUCUCGCAUAAAGAAUUUCUUGAGAGCGUUAGAGGUUCCGGUGGCUUACAAGGAUACUGCGGUGGACUACCGUCCGCCAUGGCUAUCGCAUGCGCCAAAGAUGAGUCUGAAGUAGUCAAAUACACAGCGACAGCGAUGAGAAUCAUUGUCGGGAUUGGCGCAUACGGUGAAGCGGCCGACGAUUCGAAUAGCACCGGGUCUACCACACUAGCCCUGCGGCUCAAGUACGAGGGACAAGGGGACGACCUGACACGUCGAUUUCCCGGCACCCACGUCUCGGCUGUGACGGAGCCAAGAUCUGUGAGCAUCGUCGGACCAGCCAGUCAACUACACGAGCUUUAUUGCUUUGCGCGUGAGCAGGAAGGCCUCCAAGUGCAGAAGAUGGAAGUCCGCGGAAAGGUGCAUAAUCCUGACAACAAGGAGCUUGCCAAGGAGCUGUGCCGACUCUGCAGCGACAACCCGCGCCUAUUGCUACCCGAGGCCGGCCAGCUCCAGGUUCAAGUUAGGUCUAAUAGGACAGGACAGCCUUUAAGUCAAGGCUCGCUAGCUGAAGAGCUUGUUACGACUAUUUUAGCAUCCCGCUGCGAAUGGUAUAGUCUACUAAGCGAGGUGGCCAAAGACUUGGAGACCAGCCAAUCAAACACGCCCACCUUCGUCUACUUCGGUCUGACUGACUGUGUUCCCCUUACGCCAUUUCACAAGAGGGCUAUCCGUGCCACCAAAGUCGCCGCGCAUGGUCUAAUACGGAAGCGAACCGAUGGAAAAUCUGUGGUUCAAACGUUCCCAGAUGACACUCUUGCUGUAGUAGGAGCCUCGUGUCGGCUACCAGGAGCAAGCAACCUCGAGGAGCUAUGGAGUAUGGUAGCUGCUGGGUCUGACCUCCAUCAGAAGCUCGAUACCGAUAGGUUCGAUAUUUACGGUAGUUUCAGGGCUUCUCAGAGCGGGACUUUUACGAAGGAUCGAACCUUUUAUGGCAAUUUUCUCGAGGAUGUACGGCGAUUUGACAACGCUUUUUUUGGAGUCAACGCUCGCGAGGCAGCAAAUAUGGACCCACAACAGCGUAUUCUACUAGAGCUCGCACACGAAGCCCUUGAGGAUGCGGGCUAUCUCGCUACACAUCGACGAGAUUCCGGCGACAACGUAGGUUGCUUCAUCGGUGCGAGCUUCGUUGAGUAUCUGGAUAACACAAAUGCCCACGCCCCGACUGCCUACACAAGUACUGGAACAAUUCGCGCCUUUCUUUGUGGCAGGAUCAGUUACUACUACGGGUGGUCCGGCCCGGCCGAAGUCAUUGAUACGGCAUGUUCGUCUUCACUUGUGGCUAUUAAUCGUGCUUGCAAAGCUGUUCAAUCGGGUGAAUGCCGCAUGGCUUUGACGGGCGGCAUCAAUAUCAUCAGUGGAAUGAACAACUACUUCGACUUGGCCAAGGCUGGGUUCUUAAGUCCCACUGGGCAGUGCAAGCCAUUUGAUGCUUCAGCUGACGGAUACUGCCGCUCCGACGGUGCCGGUCUUGUCUUCAUCAAGAAGCUCAAGCACGCAGUGGCUGAUGGAGAUGCCAUUUUAGGUGUGAUCCCUGGCAUCGCUACGAACCAAGGAGGCUUGUCAGCUUCAAUUACUGUUCCACAUUCUGCAGCACAGCAAGCUCUUUAUCGGAACGUACUUGACCAGGCGGGUCUAUCUCCAGAGAGUGUCACUUACGUGGAGACCCAUGGCACAGGGACUCAGGCGGGCGAUCCUCUAGAGAUUGAAAGCAUUCGAUCGGUGUUCUCCAGGAAACCAUCACACCCACCUGAGUCUGGAAUGAGCAGCAGUAGAAACACGCUCUAUGUGGGUUCAAUCAAAGGCAACAUUGGCCACUGUGAGACAGCCGCAGGCGUUGCGGGACUCCUAAAGGUACUAGCAAUGAUCAAACAUGGCCAAGUUCCUCCUCAAGCCAGCCACAAGCAACUCAACCCCAAGAUUAAGCCUCUAGAGCCCGAUGGAUUUGCAAUUUCUCGCAGUCUGCAUUCCUGGGAUGUUCCUCUCCGCGCAGCACUUAUCAACAGCUAUGGCGCAGCUGGGUCUAAUUGUGCUCUUCUCUGCUGCAGCUUCAACGAAACACAGUUAACUCGGCGGAAAUUUGGGAUUGGUUCGACAGAGUCUUUCCACGUCCCCAUCAUCCCACUUCUUCUCAGUGGUGCUUCCGAGAAGAGCCUUCGAGACAAUGCACGGGCUUUGGGUAAAUAUCUGCGGCAACAGCGAUCUGGUGAUAUCAGCCUGGCCGAUGUUGCACUCACCCUGAAUGGAAGGAGACAGCGCUUCAAAUACUUGGCUUCCAUAGAAGCAAGUGAUGUAUCAGAAGCUGCUAAUAACCUUACGAAUCCUGAGUCUUUGGCGACAUUCCCAACCCCUGUGGCUCCGCAGAAAGGAUCUAGCAUGCCCGUGGUACUUUUGUUCAGUGGACAAUACGACAACAAAGUUGGCCUGGACCGGUCUUUCUACAACUCCUUCCCAGCCUUUCGGGCACAUGUAGACGCCUGUGACACGGCCCUCAUGGCUAUCGGUUAUUCCUCCAUGAUUCCAGCCAUCUUCGAGACAAAUCCACUCGAUCAUGACAUAGUCACACUCCAGUGUAGCAUCUUCGCUAUGCAGUAUGCGAGUGCGAGGUGUUGGCUGGACGCUGGCCUUCAGCCCAGCGCUAUUGUUGGCCACAGCCUUGGUGAACUCACGGCACUUGCUGUUUCAGGCGCAUUAUCCCUACCUGAUGCCAUCAAACUUGUCGCUGUCCGCGCAAGCAUGAUCGGUGCUUAUGUUGGGCCUGAGAAGGGUGCCAUGUUGGCUCUCAGCUCCUGUUCGACGCAGGCUUUCGCUGAGCUUCGGUCAAAACUGAAGCAAAGAUUAUCAAACUCAACAGACGUCGAUCUUGAAAUUGCCUGUUAUAAUGGGCCAAAUGCUCUAGUAGUUGCAGGAACAUCUGCCGCAGUUGACGCUGCAGAAGCAGUGCUGAAUGCGGAUGCCGUGUUUCAGAAAGUACGCAUACGGCGUUUGGCCACAAGUCACGGCUUCCACUCAUCCCUGAUGGAUCCUAUCCUCGAGGACCUGAACUAUGUCGCCAAAUCAUUGACAUGGAAUGAGCCUAAGACUCCACUAGAGGUGUGUGCCCCCAAAGGGUUGAGAAGCAUCAGUGAAUACAGCCCUUCUCGUCAUGCGCGGGACCCUGUAUUCUUUGCCAAUAGUGUACAACGCCUGGAAAAGCGCUUGGGAGGCUCAGGUAUAGUCUGGCUAGAGGCUGGUAUUGAUACACCCGUCGUUCCUAUGGCAAGCAAGGCUACCCUCCAGCCUGAUGCGCAUACAUUCCUGCCCUUCAAGACCAAAGGAAGUCUAGAGCCACCAGUGAAUAUUGUCUCUCGGGUGUUAUCUCGCCUCUGGCGAAGUGGAAUUUUCCCAAGCCACUGGAGCUUGCUUCGCGAAUGCAAGCCUGUCUGGCUUCCGCCUUAUCAGUUUGAGGCAACGCAACAUUGGCUUCCUAACGUCGAUCGCGCCAUUGAGAUUCAGAAACAAGCUCUCGCCACUGCUAAAGCCUCUAGUCAUGAACCCUUGAGUGCUAGAAGCCUACCACCUCCGCCACAACUUGUCACAAGACGGAACGGGUCAUCGGCAGCGUCUGGAGGCGCCGAGUUCUCUAUUAACACACGAUGCCAACGUUUCCGGACCGUUGUGAGUGGACAUGCAGUCCGCUCACGUGCGCUAUGUCCUGCUUCAAUGUACAUGGAAUGCGUGGCUAUGGCCUUGCAGCUCCAUCUUGAUGGUUCUGACAGCGAUUUGUUCCGAAAGGGAGCCAGUCUUGUCUUUGAGAGCCUGUCCAUCAGCGCUCCGCUCGGCGUUGAACCGGAAGGCGAGGUUGUCCUGAACUUGGAUCCAUCCGAGACAUCCUGGAAGUUUUCUGUGCGGACGUUGAUGUCGAGUGGCAAUCCAUCACCUACCUCAAAGCCGAAGGAGACUUCUCAUGCCAGUGGUGUGAUUGCUCUGACUCUUAGUCCUGUAUUCGAUACAUUCCAAAGACUUGUGUCAGAGCCAAUUGCUCGAAUAGAAAGUCGCGACAAUGUUGACGUCGAGAGGCUUAUGCUUAAGCGGGCGUAUAGUCUUUUCGGUCGUGUUGUUGAUUAUGCUUCGUUCUUCAAAGGCAUUAGGUCCGUUGCGCUAGCCGCUCAUGAAGCUGUAGCAAGCAUUCGGCUUCCCGGUACUGAGCAGCCGCAUCGGGACGACAGUACGGCAUGGAAGGUCUGCGAUACUGUGGCCGUCGAUGCUUACAUACAAGUCGUCGGACUUCUCAUGAACAGCGACGACUCAGUUGGCGUGGACGAGGUUGUCGUCAUGGUCGGAUUGGACCGCGUCGUCAUGUCACCGGGUUGCAAGAUGGACGACCCUCCCGAAUUCUGGCGCGUCUAUGCUAGAUUUGGCUAUGGAGCUGAUAACCAACCUAUAGGCGAUGUGUUCGUAUGUAAUCCAGAUGGUGCACUGGUAGCCAUACUCUCUGGCUGUCGCUUCGCAAAGCUCCCAAUCCCACGGUUGGAGAAGAUCUUAGAUAUGGCCAACCAGAACUCGCCAGUAUCCCGAAAAAUGUCACCGUCAAGUAAAACAGCAACAAAACCAACAACGGUACCUGUCCUUCCUUCUACUUCGCUGACCUCGGCGUCCUCCAGCACGACCGCAGAAUCCAAGGGCACUACGACUCCAGCCACCAGCAUUUCCAGUCCUAUUACCCCCUCGGAAGAUGGAUCCAAAGCUUUGGCACUAAGAGAGAUUAUAUCGGAGUACACCGGCAUAAAAGGCUCUGAAAUCCCUGAAGAUACCAUCUUGACUGAGCUGGGGCUGGAUUCUCUAGCAUCAGUAGAGCUUGUUGGAGAAUUGUCAUCCAAGUUUGGGAUUGCCAUCAGUGAGGAUCUUGGUGAAUGCACGUUGCGAGAUCUUUGCCGACAUCUGGGAGCGCAAAGUCCUGCAGAUCUUGCUGCCGUUACUGAAGUGCCACAUGCCACAGAACCAGCUACGACUUUGGGCGUACCAGCUGACACAGAUGAUUCUGAUAAUCGUGUGUCAAAGUUCUUCCAGAUUCUCUCUGAGGUGACAGGUAUAAAGCCAGAAGACAUAAAACCGUCAGAUGAACUUACCAACCUGGGCGUGGAUUCGCUGUCUGCGAUCGAUUUGAAGCAAGAGCUCGAGGACAAUCUCUCAACACGCCUCGAUGACAUUCAAGUGGAAGAAACUGUGCGAGGAUUAAUGGCACAGCUAGGAAUAUCUUCUGAACCUAAAUCCAGCUCGAGCUCGAUCCAACAUAGGAGCGUGAAAACGAAGAGUCCCGAUGGUACAAGCGAUGCCCAGACAGUAGAUACGGUCUUGUUGGGAAAUCCAUUCGACGUUCUAAGUACUUCAGAUUCUCACUUCAGCGCGUCAGCGCAGAAGAACGGCUUCGUCAACUAUUGGUCAAAUGUCGCCCCCGACCAAGAUCAACUAGUGAUAGAGUAUGUUAUUGAAGCUUUUACCACCUUGGGGGUUGAUAUCGCACAAGCAUCUCCGGGCCACCGCCUACCGGAAGUCCCUCACUCAUCUCCUAAACAUGACAAGGUCGUUCGAAGACUGUGGGAGAUUUUGAAGGGCCAUAGUAUCGUCUCAAUUGACUCAGCUGGAAAUUUCAGCCGGGGAAGUAGAGUUCUCGAUCCACAACGACCUUCUGCAGCUCAAUUACAAGCAGAAUUCCAAGAAAAGCAUCCAGACUACAGAGACGAGGCGGCUUUGAUUGGUCUGACAGGUCCUCGACUCGCCCAGUGUCUCAUCGGGCAGCUGGAUGCGGUGUCGCUCAUGUUCGGUAGUGCGGCAUCUAUGAAGAUUAUGGAAAAUUACUACGGCCAAUCGCCGAUGAUCUCGACAUUGACCGACCAGCUCGUGAUUUUCAUUUCUUCCCUGCUGAAAACCACUGACAAGUCUCGUCCAGUACGGAUUCUAGAGGUCGGUGCAGGAACUGGUGGAACCACGAAGAGGUUGGGAUCAGCACUUGCGUCAGCUGGGGUUUCAGUACAAUACACAUUCACAGAUAUUUCGCCCAGCUUGGUCUCGAAGGCUAAGAAUAAUACACUCAAGCAGUACGGGUCAUGGAUGGAAUUUACGGCCUUCAACUUGGAGAAAGAAGUACCUGCGGCGCUUCGCAGUCAAUUUGACAUUGUUAUCGGCACCAAUUGUGUUCACGCUACAUCAGAUCAAAAAGCUUCGUGUCGAAGACUAUGCGAAACACUGGUCCCCGGCGGUAUUAUUGUCCUAUCAGAGGUCACUCGCAUCAUAGACUGGUACGAUAUCUGCUUUGGCCUUCUCGAUGGCUGGUGGCUUGCGGAGGGCGGUACGGCAUACCCCAUCCGUCCUGCCAACGCGUGGAAGUCCUGCUUUCAGGCUGCGGGCUUUGCUUCUGCAAGUUGGUCGGGUGGUCUGAGCAAAGAAUCUACCAGCCAGCAGCUACUUGUCGCUUGCAAUCAACACUGGGAAACCUCACUUCAGAAUUCAAAUAGCGAAGAAAACCACCGCAGUACAGCCAGGGUCGGCCAUACCUUCGAUGUUCCGGAGACGGUUGUCUAUAAGAAUGUGGAUGGCUUGGAAAUACAUGCAGACAUCUACUUUCCGGAGUCACCCUCGCCUGUACCGAUGCCAAUUGCUCUUAUGAUACAUGGAGGUGGCCACAUGACACUCUCCCGAAAGGCUAUACGGCCAGCUCAGACACAAUAUCUCCUUGCAAAUGGGUUUCUUCCUGUCAGCAUUGACUACCGUCUCUGCCCCGAGGUCAACCUACUUGAUGGUCCGAUCACCGACGUGCGUGAUGCCUACAAGUGGGCACGCACAUCACUUCCUCUACUGGCUGAGAAAAGAGGCAUAACGGCGGAGUCGACCAAAGUCGUGAUUGUCGGCUGGUCGUCUGGCGGUCAUCUCGCUUUAUCAAUAGGUUGGACAGCCGAAAUUGGCGGAAUACCACCGCCCACAGCCAUCUUGAGCUUCUAUGCCCCUUACGAUUUUGAGUCCGGAGAUCUUGACUCAAAUCGUCUUGCUUCGCUUCCAGGCAGACAAAUGGGCCUCGAACGUAUCAUCUCUGCCUUGCCCAAAACCCCUAUAACUACAUAUGAUAACUCUGCACAAGGCGAUAGCACUAACCUUGGCUGGGUUCGUCCAGGGGACCCGCGUUCGGAGCUCGUACUAGCUCUUUUCAAAGAAGGCAUUGGCCUUAGGCUACUUCUCAAUGGCCUCCCGGCGGAAAUUAUUAAGAAUCAUAGCUCAGGCGCUGAGGACUGGGCCGUUCUGGCGCCUCCGUCACCGGAACGCGUUGCUUCCAUCAGCCCACUAGCCCAAGUACUCGGGGGCAAUUACCGGUGCCCAACUUUCUUGGUUCACGGCACAGCUGACGAAGUGGCACCAUUCUCGGGAGCGGAGGUAUUUGCAGCGGCGCUAGCAGAGCAUGGUGUGUCACACGGGUUUCUCGCCGUGCCGGGGGCCGCACAUAUUCAUGACCUCCAGCUCCGACCCGGGACACAAAAAUGGGAAGAACAGGUGGAACCAGGCUAUAAAUUUCUAUUUGACAGUGUGUGA